CCGUCGAUCCACGGGAGCGCACAGGAGGCGCGGAGCCCUGCGUAACGCAGAUUUCACGGCCACCUUCCAGCGCAGCCUCACUGGGGACACAAGUUGUGGAAGAGAAUUUUAAAAAGUGACGCUUUAAGGAGCUUUAGAGGAGGGAAAGACACGCGGCAAGAUAAGCCGAGAAAGAUGUGGAGCUUUUUAACGCGCGUCGGGCAAGUUUUGCGCCACUUGCUGCUGUGGCACGGGCGCGGUGAUUAUCUCAAAGUGCUCCCACUUUGAGUGACUUUUUUUUCUUUCUUCUUUCUGAAAAGACAGGAGUAUGAGGUCCCCUGACAUGCCAUGUUUCCCGCGUUGUGUCCACACGCUCAGGAUUGCGACUCAUGGGAUGUAGUAAAUGGAGAGCUGCGUUCAACUUUGGACACCUGAAGGUGCAGUCCAAGCUGUCCGUCUUCUUUACCAUGAUCGUUCUCUUCACUUACCUCUUCUACUGCCUCAACGGAUACUGUGACUCGCUGCCCAGGCCCGUGUACAACCAACAGACUGACCUUCAAAAUAAAAUCGUCUCCAACGAUGGACACGGCGCGUCACUGGAUCAGCUCGGCGCGCACCACGCGUCUCCGGCGUCGUUCGUCCGGGAGCAGCUGCCGGACCUGUCGAACAGCGAUGCCCCGUCCAACAAUAUCUCUAUAGCCAAUAAUUUCGGCAGCAAAAAGUUUCCUCAAGCCGUCAUCAUCGGGGUGAAGAAAGGUGGCACCCGGGCGUUGCUGGAGUUCCUGCGCAUCCAUCCGGACGUGAGAGCCGUGGGCUCGGAGCCGCACUUCUUCGAUCGCUUCUACGACAAGGGACUGGAGUGGUACAGGAACCUGAUGCCUCGUACACUGGAGGGUCAGAUCACCAUGGAGAAGACCCCGAGCUACUUCAUUACCAAGGAAGCCCCCCGACGUGUGUUCUCCAUGAGCCGCCACACCAAGCUCAUCGUGGUGGUGCGUGACCCAGUAACCCGAGCUGUUUCUGACUACACCCAGACUCUGUCCAAAUCUCCCGGGCUCCCGUCCUUCCAGAACCUGGCCUUCCGCAAUGCCACCACGGGACUCAUCGACACCUCUUGGAGUGCAGUGCGCAUCGGCAUCUACGCCAAGCACCUGGAGACCUGGCUGCGCUUUUUCCCGCUCUCGCGCUUCCUCUUUGUGAGCGGCGAACGCCUUGUGACGGACCCAGCGGGUGAAAUGGGCCGUGUCCAGGACUUUCUUGGGCUCAAGCGUGUGGUGACGGACAAGCACUUCUACUUCAACCAGACCAAAGGUUUCCCCUGCCUCAAGAAGCCGGAGGGGAGCAGCAGGCCCCGCUGCCUAGGGAAAUCAAAGGGCAGGCCCCAUCCCCAGAUCCCGACCGGGGUCCUGCUUAAGCUGAGAGACUUCUAUAGACCUUUCAAUCUCAAGUUCUACCAAAUGACCGGUCACAAUUUUGGCUGGGACUGAACGCCUAUUCACCAGAGCUCCUAUAAAACAUAGAACUCGUGUUCAGCCUACUUCCAAGACCAGACGGGGCUAUCUUGAAGACAUCAUGUGUUACCAAAGCUUUUACUGUGCAAAAUAAGGUAUUUCCUUUUACUCUUAAGCUACGAAUGCAGGAUCUGCCAAAACAUACUCCUGACUUCCUCCGGUCUGACCAAGUUUGUUAGAGCUUCACUCCAAACAAAAGCUGGUGAGGAGCACUGGCUGUGGCUUACGUUGUGGCAGUGUGACGGGCCCAAGGCAGAUUGAAGCAUACUGCUUCAUUUGCUUCAAGUGGGAACUUCCAGAAGUAUGCAAUAGCUCUUAUUGGUGUCCAAAACACUUAACAGCACAAGGUCUGUAUUGAAAAUAACGCCAGAAAGAAGCCAAUGUGGCAAAGAGGUGCGCCUGAAGUUAAAACAAAUGGCAUUAGAGUAACAAGUCUCGACAGCCGGGCAAAGCUACGAUAAAUCAAAUGACACGUUGGAGCUUUGAGAGGGACACAGGAGCUCAGACAGCGGGGAAAGGAGCAAAGGGGUUUUCACAACGGUAGCAUACAAUGAAAAUAAAUGUACAUGUGGUGUUGAUAUGUAAAUGAAUGAUGAGUCACUUAAAUCACAUCACAUAAUUUAUGCAGUUAAAGGACGUUAUAGUUUUUUCUUCAGUUCUUUCAAUGCAAGCUCCUUUCUGUACUUUUAAUUUCAUAAAAAUCAAAGCUUUAGCAAAACACCAGGGGAGACCUGGUGCUGGUCAUGUAAAACUGUCCACUAUGUGCUGUAAAUUUGCUGUUAUUUAUGUUGCCAAUACAAUGCUCCUUUACACUUUUUUCUGCGAUUGUUUUUCUACUUCACUCAACUGACACUCACCAACAUAAAUGGUACUUACGUGCAACUGUAUAUUUCUAAAAGCCUAAUUUAUAAGAUGACAAACUAUUGUCGCGAUGUUUACUCUGAGACUUUUGUAUUUGAAAUUCUGCUGGAAAUUCUGAAAAAAAGUAAAACUUUUAUUCGAAAAUGUGUUUUGAACAUUU